AUGCAAGAGCAGGAGAAAACUGCCAAGAGUGCGAAAGCAAGUAACUUUUUAGUCCAUCAUUCGAGAGAUACAGCUGAGAAGCAAUGGGCAGAGACAAAAAGGCUGACCCUCCAAGGGCUCACAAAACUUUUUAAAGACAACAAGUCGGGCCUGAAUCCAGCGGAAUGGGUCCGUUGCUGGAAAGGAAUGCUGCAGUACAUCGAGGAAUAUGCGUUCUCAGACAACAAGGAAGUCUCCGGCGGGGCAUUGGAGGCCUUCAAAGAGCUGCUUGAGGCGUCACCAGGAAUGCGGCUCAAAUACUAG